AUGGAUCCCAACUCUCGCCAGUGCGAGUCAACGACCGACUCGGACGUGCGCCCGUGCGACGAUAUUGAGAAACCUCCCACACGACAAGGAAGCGACCCGGAAGCCUUGACACGCCUAGAAACAUGUCAGUCUCAGAUGGAUCCGCCUGAGUCCCUUCCCCGGGAGAUUCUUUUCGUGAGCGUCGUCUGCAUGGCGCAGUUCAUGACCCAAGCAGGCCUUUGCAUGUCGAUUGCCCCAGUCCAUAUUAUUGGUCACACUUUUGGCACCACUAAUGCUGCGGAGCUCAGUUGGUUUGCAGCCGCAUACAGCUUGACUGUGGGCACAUUUAUUCUUCUAGCCGGUCGCCUUGGUGACGUCUAUGGCCAUCGGCGCAUGUUUAUCAUCGGCUUUGGCUGGUUCAGUCUCUGGUCACUACUGGCAGGAUUCAGUAUCUGGUCUAAUCAGAUCUUUUUUGAUUGCUGUCGCGCACUUCAGGGAAUUGGCCCUGCGAUGCCGAACCUACCCCCGGGCCUUCGAAAAGAAAUGAUCUUUAGUCUCUUCGGAGCAACUGCCCCUGGAGGUUUCAUUGUCGGUGGUGUCUUCUCUUCUCUUUUCGCGCAAUUGGUCUGGUGGCCAUGGGGCUAUUGGGUCAUGGGCAUCGUCUGUGCAAUUCUUGCGAUGGUCGGUUGGCUGGUUAUCCCAUCUACACCGCAACGAAUGUUCGACAACGAUUUGAACUUCUGGGAGAGACUUGAUCUACUAGGUGGCUUCACUGGUAUCUUGGGGUUGGUGCUGAUCAACUUUGCCUGGAACCAAGCCGCCUUGGUUGGCUGGGUGGAGCCGUAUACAUACGUGCUUCUUAUUGUUGGAUUCCUUUGCCUAGGCGCAUUUGCGAUCAUAGAGCGACAAGCAGUGUGUCCGCUCUUGCCGCGAUCGAUUUUCACCGGCGAUCUGGCCUGGGUCUUGGGUUGUAUUGCCGCUGGGUGGUCAAGCUUCGGUAUAAUUAUAUACUACUUCUACCAGUUCAUGGAGGUCAUCAAGGGCGAUUCUCCAUUGUUGACGACGGCUAAAUGGUCUGGCGCUGCUGCCUCGGGCGCUGUCGCCGCCCUCGUUACUGGAUUCCUCCUCAGUCGCUUGCCACCGAGCGUCAUCAUGUUCUGCGCAAUGGCGUUCUUCACAGCCGGUCUCUCGAUCUUUGCCACCGUUCCCGUGGAUCAAACAUACUGGGCACAGGCGUUUGUCGUUAGUCUGAUCACCUCAUGGGGAAUGGAUAUGUCUUUUCCAUCGGGAACGCUCAUUCUCAGUAAUGCCAUGCCCCGCCACCAUCAAGGGCUAGCCGCAUCCCUCGUUGCCACCACAGUCAACUACUCCAUCUCCCUCGGACUUGGAAUUGCGGGUACCGUGGAAUCCCAUGUAAACGACGCGGGGCAAAAUACCCUUCGCGGCUACCGAGGCGCACUCUAUAUGGGUGUCGGUUUAGCCGGGCUAGGGCUCCUGUUCUCCAUAUGCUUUAUGUUUGCUAGUUGGAAGCGACAUCGUGCAUCCAAUUAG